GAUGCUGUCCAAGAUGUGGAGCUCUCCUUGCAAGUUGGUGAUACUGUUCACAUUUUGGAAAUGUAUGAAGGCUGGUACCGAGGAUACACACUCCGAAAUAAAUCUAAGAAGGGCAUUUUCCCAGAAACAUAUAUCCAUUUAAAAGAGGCAAUCGUGAAGGACCGGGGACAACAUGAAACAGUGAUUCCAAGUGAAUUACCCCUUGGACAAGAACUCACUUCUACCCUGAGGGAGUGGGCAGUUAUCUGGCACAAAUUAUAUGUGGAUAACAAGACAACACAGUUUCGGCAUGUCCAACAAAUGACUUACAGCCUGAUAGAAUGGCGGUCGCAGAUACUGUCUGGGACCCUUCCCAAAGAUGAGCUAGCCGAGCUCAAGAAGAAAGUCACUGCUAAGAUUGACUACGGCAACAGGAUCCUAGGUUUGGACCUGGUUGUACGAGAUGACAAUGGGAACAUCUUGGACCCAGAUGAAACCAGCACAAUCUCUCUCUUCAAGUCCCAUGAAACUGCGUCCAAAAGGAUUGAUGAAAGAAUCCAGGAAGAGAAGUCCCAGCAACAGAACUUGGACCUCCGAGGGCAGCCAAUAUUCAACACAACACAUACAUAUAGCCUGUAUGUAAACUUCAAGAAUUUUGUCUGCAAUAUUGGAGAAGAUGCAGAGCUGUUAAUGAGCCUCUAUGAUCCUGAUCUUUCCAAAUUCAUCAGCGAAAAUUACCUGGUUCGUUGGGGCAGUAAUGGAAUGCCUAAAGAAAUUGAGAAACUAAAUAACCUUCAAGCGGUCUUUACUGAUUUAAGCAGUUCUGACUUGAUCAGACCAAAAAUCAGCUUGGUGUGUCAGAUUGUGAGGGUGGGGCAUAUGGAGCUGAAAGAUGGGAAGAAACAUACCUGUGGACUCCGGAGGCCCUUUGGUGUGGCAGUGAUGGACAUAACUGAUAUCAUACAUGGAAAGGUGGACGAUGAGGAAAAGCAACAUUUUAUUCCAUUUCAGCAGAUUGCCAUGGAAACCUACAUCAGACAGCGACAGCUAAUCAUGUCCCCACUGAUAACUUCCCAUGUGAUUGGAGAAAAUGAGCCCCUCACUUCUGUCUUCAACAAAGUCAUCGCUGCAAAGGAAGUGAAUCAUAAAGGGCAAGGUCUUUGGGUCUCCCUGAAACUGCUUCCUGGUGAUCUAGCGCAGGUUCAAAAGGAUUUUUCCCACCUUGUAGACAGAUCAACUGCUGUGGCUCGCAAAAUGGGAUUCCCUGAGAUAAUCCUUCCUGGUGAUGUUCGAAAUGAUAUCUAUGUCACCCUGAUACAAGGGGAGUUUGACAAAGGGAAGAAGAAGACUCCCAAGAAUGUAGAAGUCACCAUGUCUGUACACGAUGAAGAUGGAAAUCUGCAAGAGAAAGCUAUCCAUCCUGGUGCCGGUUAUGAAGGUGUCUCCGAAUAUAAGUCUGUUGUUUAUUAUCAAGUCAAGCAACCUUGCUGGUAUGAAACUGUAAAGGUGUCCAUUGCAAUAGAAGAAGUCAGUCGUUGCCAUUUAAGAUUCACUUUCCGUCAUCGGUCAUCACAGGAAUCUAGGGAUAAGUCUGAGAGAGCUUUUGGCAUGGGCUUUGUGAAGUUGAUGAAUGCAGAUGGAACAACACUGCAAGAUGGCAAACACAGUUUGAUUGUUUAUAAGGGUGAUAACAAGAAAAUGGAAGAUGCUAAAUGCUAUUUAACUCUUCCUUGUACCAAAACUGAGAUCGAGGAGAAGGAGGCCCCCUCGGGGAAAAAUCUGCACCAUCUAGCCAACUUCACACCCACUAAAGAUAGUACAAAAGACAGCUUCCAGAUUGCCACUUUGAUCUGCUCCACCAAACUUACCCAGAAUGUUGACCUGCUGGGUUUGUUGAACUGGCGUUCUAACUCUCAGAACAUAGCUCACAACCUAAGGAAGCUAAUGGAGGUGGAAGGGGGAGAAAUUGUAAAGUUUUUGCAGGACACCCUUGAUGCACUUUUCAACAUAAUGAUGGAAAUGUCAGAAAAUGAAACCUAUGACUUCCUUGUGUUUGAUGCACUGGUAUUUAUUAUUUCUUUGAUCGGAGACAUCAAGUUCCAGCAUUUCAACCCUGUACUUGAAACUUACAUUUACAAGCACUUCAGCGCAACCCUGGCAUAUGUGAAACUCACCAAAGUACUGAACUGUUAUGUGGGAAAUGCUGAUGACUCCAGCAAGACAGAAUUGCUAUUUGCUGCUCUGAAAGCCUUGAAGUACCUAUUCCGAUUCAUUGUUCAGUCACGAAUAUUGUACCUGAGGUUUUAUGGGAAAAGUGAAGAUGGGGAUGAAUUUAAUGAUGCAAUACGCAAGCUGUUCCUCUCCUUCAAUGUCCUCAUGGACCGGCCUUUAGAGGAGGCUGUCAAGAUUAAGGGUGCAGCUUUAAAGUAUUUGCCAAGCAUCAUAAAUGAUGUCAAACUAGUAUUUGACCCUGUUGAGCUCAGUGUCCUCUUCAGCAAGUUUAUCCAAAGUAUUCCUGACAACCAGUUAGUUCGACAGAAGCUAAACUGCAUGACCAAGAUAGUCGAGAGUGAUCUCUUUAAACAGUCCGAAUGCAGAGAUGCUCUUCUGCCGCUACUAAUAGAUCAGCUAAGUGGCCAGUUGGAUGACAAUUCAAACAAGACUGACCAUGAGGCCUGCUCACAGCUACUUAGCAAUGUUCUUGAAGUCCUGGAUCGGAAAGAUGUGGGGCCCACUGCUGUCCACAUCCAGCUGAUCAUGGAACGCCUGCUAAGGAGAAUAAACCGCACAGUGAUUGGAAUGAGCAGACAGUCUCCACACAUUGGUAUUUUUGUGGCCUGCAUGACAGCCAUCCUGAGGCAGAUGGAUGAUUUCCAUUACAACCAUUACAUCAAUACUUUCAAAACCAGGCAGGACAUUAUUGACUUCCUGAUGGAAACAUUCAUUAUGUUUAAGGAUCUGAUUGGAAAAAAUGUCUAUGCAACUGACUGGAUGGUCAUGAAUAUGAUGCAGAGCAGAGUUUUCCUCCGGGCGGUGAACCAAUUUACCUCUGUACUCAACCGCUUCUUUCUGGAUCAAGCAAAUUUUGAACUCCAGCUCUGGAAUAACUAUUUCCAUUUGGCAGUGGCCUUUCUCACUCAUGAAUCCCUCCAGCUGGAGACCUUCUCACAAGCCAAACGCAACAAAAUUAUCAAGAAGUAUGGGGACAUGAGGAAAGAAAUUGGCUUCAAAAUAAGGGAUAUGUGGUAUAACCUGGGUCCCCACAAAAUAAAAUUCAUUCCAGCAAUGGUAGGCCCGAUCCUCGAGGUAACCCUGGUCCCAGAGCCUGAGCUACGGAAAGCUACUAUUCCCAUCUUCUUUGAUAUGAUGCAGUGCGAGUUUAACUUCAGUGGGAACAGAAACUUCCAUAUGUUUGAAAAUGAGUUGAUAACCAAGCUGGACCAGGAAGUGGAGGGUGGCCGAGGGGAUGAACAGUACAAGAUUUUGCUGGAGAAACUCCUCCUGGAGCACUGUCGGAAGCAUAAAUACCUGUCUGCUUCUGGAGAAGUGUUUGCUUUGCUGGUCAGCAGCCUGCUAGAGAACCUGCUGGACUACAGGACAAUCAUGCAUGAUGAAAGCAAGGAGAACCGCAUGAGCUGCACUGUCAAUGUGCUGAAUUUUUAUAAGGAGAAGAAACGAGAGGACAUUUAUAUCAGGUAUCUAUAUAAACUCCGAGACCUGCACACAGACUGUGAGAACUUCACAGAGGCAGCAUACACUCUCCUUCUCCAUGCAGAGCUGCUCCAGUGGUCCGAGAAGCCAUGUGUCCCUCACCUCCUGCAGAGGGACAGCUACUACGUCUACUCACAACAGGAACUCAAGGAAAAACUCUACCAAGAAAUUAUCUCCUUUUUCGACAGGGGCAAAAUGUGGGAAAAAGCCAUUCAACUAAGCAAAGAGUUGGCUGACAUGUAUGAAAACAAGGUCUUUGAUUAUGAGGGACUUGGUAAUCUCCUGAAAAAGCGAGCUACUUUUUAUGAGAAUAUUAUGAAGGCAAUGAGACCUCAACCAGAGUACUUUGCUGUUGGAUACUACGGUCAGGGUUUCCCCUCUUUCCUCCGGAAUAAAAUUUUUAUCUACCGUGGCAAAGAGUAUGAACGAAGGGAGGACUUCAACCUGAAGCUAUUGACCCAGUUUCCUAGCGCUGAGAAGAUGACCAGCACUGCUCCUCCAGGAGAAGACAUCAAGUCUUCUCCUAAACAGUAUGUGCAGUGCUUUAUUGUGAAGCCUGUGAUGAACCUGCCACCUAAUUAUAAAGAUAAACCUGUUCCUGAACAGAUCUUAAACUACUACAGAGCAAACGAGGUACAGCAGUUCACGCACUCCCGACCAGUCAGGAAAGGAGAAAAAGAUCCAGACAACGAGUUUGCUAAUAUGUGGAUAGAAAGGACAACCUACAUGACAGCGUAUUCAUUUCCAGGCAUCCUCAAGUGGUUUGAAGUCAAACAGAUUACAACGGAAGAGAUCAGCCCCUUGGAGAACGCCAUAGAAACGAUGGAGCUAACCAAUGAGAAAAUCAGCAACAUUGUCCAACAGCAUGUCUGGGACCGGAGUCUUCCUGUACAUCCUCUCUCUAUGCUCCUGAAUGGGAUUGUGGACCCAGCGGUCAUGGGGGGAUAUACCAACUAUGAAAAGGCCUUUUUCACAGAGAAGUAUCUUCAAGAACAUCCUGAAGAUCAAGAUAAAAUUGAACUGCUUAAGCAACUAAUUGCUCUACAGAUGCCGUUGUUGGCAGAAGGGAUUAGGAUCCAUGGUGAGAAGCUGACAGAACAGCUGAAGCCUCUGCAUGACAGGCUGACAGCCUGUUUCAAAGAGCUGAAGAAGAAGGUGGAGAAGCAGUAUGGUGUGAUAACUUUGCCUGCCUCCCUCACCGAAAGGAAACAGAGCAGGUCAGGCUCUGUCGUGUUGCCCUAUAUCAUGUCUUCCACGCUGAGACGGCUCUCUGUCACAUCUGUGGCGUCUUCUGUGGUUUCUACAUCUUCCACGUCCUCUGAUAGCACUUCUUCCAGACCAGGUUCAGACGGAUCUAUUCUGGAGCCUCUCUUGGAGAGAAGAAUAUCAACAGCUUCCAGAGCUGAGGAGCUGCCCGCGAAAGAUGAUGGUGAUAACCGGAUUAGCAAACUCAAGCGGAAGGAUUGGAGUAUUAGCAAGUCUCAGGUUAUUGUAGAGAAGGAGCCAGAAACAGAACUGACUUCCAAAAUGGGCAUGUCAGGAAAAGCACAAAGGCCAAAGAGUCUUCAAUUAGGAGACAACAGACUGACUUUGCUUCAGGGUUCUUCACUCCAGCAAUCAACGCCUCGCAGCCCGCCACCGAUCACUCCCAAAACCCCAAGAACCCAAAGUUUUCCCUCAUUGCAAGCUGAUGGAUUGGCAACUGCUAGCUUACAGAGCACCCCACCCCCACCUCCGCCCAAAAGCAAACCCUAUGAGAACAGCAACCCGAGGAAUUCUGUGGAGGUUGCUCCACCUCUACCCAGCAGACGUGAAGCCAAACCUCCCCCCCCACCCCCAAAAACCAGAAAAUCCAGCGUUGUCUCUUCAGAGCAAGGAUUGCAGUGA